CACUUAGCUUGGUCACUCAAUCUUUGCCGCCAGUUUAAGUAAGCGGCUCCCGCGGUUGGCUGCAUAUACCAAAAAGAUUUAAAAGAUAAAUCGUUUAAAAAAUAAUGGCCAGAACUUUGUUAUCGUGUGCAACAGUGUUUUGUUUAUUGACUCUGGAAGUCACCGAUGUGUUGACUGUGGGCAAGCCAGUAAGCAGGGCUUGCGUGAUCGGCGCAGGUUACUCUGGAUUGGCCGUAGCCCGGUACCUCCAGCAGUAUGGGGUCAAUUACACCGUGUUCGAAGCCACCAGACACAUUGGCGGCACCUGGCGGUUUGACCCCCACGUCGGGACGGACGAGGAUGGGUUGCCGCUGUUUACAAGCCAGUAUAAAUACUUGAGGACCAAUACACCGCGACAAACUAUGGAGUACAACGGGUUUCCAUUCCCAGAAGGCACCCCGUCAUAUCCUUCGGGUGUAUGUUUCUACAGGUACUUGAAACUCUUCGCCAACAAGUUUGAUCUCAUGAAGAAUAUUCAGCUGCGAAGCUUCGUGACCUCAGUGAAAUGGGCCGGCGACCGCUGGAACGUGACCUACAUGAAGACGGACACCAAGAGCGACGACACGGAGCAGUGCGACUUUCUCGUGGUGGCCAGCGGGGAGUACCGCUUCCCUUCCUUCCCCAAGUUUCAAGGGCAGAAUCUGUUCAAAGGCAACAUAAUCCACAGUCACGAUUACAAAGAGCCAGAACCGUACGCGAACCGGCGAGUGCUGCUGGUCGGCGCCGGGGCUUCGGGCUUGGACCUCGCCACGCAGCUAUCCAACAUCACCGCCAAACUGGUGCACAGCCAUCAUUUGCAGUACAACCAACCCGACUUCUCCACUACUUAUGUUAAGAAGCCCGAUAUUAGAGAGUUCACAGAAAAUGGGGUCUUCUUCCAAGAUGGAACAUAUGAAGACAUCGAUGAUGUUAUAUUUUGCACAGGUUAUGAUUUUGAACACCCAUUCUUGGACCAGAGCACUGGGGUGACCACCACAGGCAAAUAUGUGUUGCCAUUAUAUCAGCACACCGUUAACAUCAGACACCCUUCAAUGACCUUCGUCGGAAAGUCGAAGAGGGUAAUCAACAAAGUCAUGGAAGUACAAGCGGAAUACGCAGCUGCCUUGGCAUCUGCUAAAUUCCAGCUUCCCAACCAGGAGUCCAUGUUGAAAACAUGGUUAGACCAUGUGUACUCGCUGCAGGCGCAGGGCUUGAAGAUCGUCGAUGUCAAUGUUAUUGGCUCGCAAAUGGACAACUAUUUCGGCAACAUGACUGCGGAAGCAGGCGUCGUGAGAACUCCUCCAGUUAUAACAGACAUAAGGGAUUUCAACGCCAAGAAUCGUCUAGAAGACCUCCUAAAUUACAGAGACUACGACUAUGAGCUGAUUGACGAUAAUCGUUAUAGGAGGUGGUACAACAAACGAGAGGGAUUCCCUUGCCCUAUUGAUGAUUUAGAAAUAUAAAUAUAAAUUCGGUACCUAUUUUUGUGAUAAGUUGCAAAUAAAUAUAACACUGAAAACAAGAUGGAAGAAAGAAAGUGGAGAAGCUGUACCUUUUUUUUUGUCUAUAUUGUAUAAAUUUGCAUAAGCCUACAAUACGUACGUGCGUUCUUAAAAUAUUUUACUAAAUAAUACGUAAAUGUGAUAUUAGCCAUGUCAUUGACUAGGUCUUAGGUAAAUUUUAAGUGUGUCUACUUAUAUUUGUAUAAACACUUAGGUUUUCCAUAUGGAACAGUGUGUACAAUCCAUUUCUAAAUAAGUAUGAGCAAAAACAUAACAUAACGACGUGCGUGCUCAUUUUGUGAUAGCAUUUAUAUCUGCUUCGUUUUCAAACUACAUUGUGACUAUUUAUCACUAUAUUCAAUAUUGAUACUUAAUCGACUUUUUUGAAUUUUCUUAUUUAUGUAAGACACAAUUGUUAUAUGAUAAAUUUACUCUUUCACUGUACUAUGUAUUAUGCAUAUUUUGCCGUAUUGCAUAAAAUGACUUUGCCUCUCUCUUUUUUAAUUUUUGUAUGUAAUUAGUAAGUUUAAGUGGACACUUAGCAUUUAGUCUCUUAAAAAAGAGAACAAUAGUUACCAUUUGUGUAUUAAGUUAAAAAUAUAACAAGGCAUCUUGUUAGCACUGUUUUUAUUUACAGUUCUUUUAAUAAAUAUACAUAGGAAUUUUAUUUUCGUUGAAUGGAAGACAUUCGGAAGACACUGACGCAAAAUGUAUCUUUAUUACAAGCUCUUAUUUAGUUUCGGCUCCCAACGAGGGAACCUGUCAAUAGUUUACAGCAUGGGCAUGACUUUUAUUAUCUUUUAUCAAGCGUUAAAUGCCAUCUCUCUGACGACAAUAAAAGUUUUUGGCAAAAAAUAUUUUUUUGUACAAAAA